AUGUCACAUCAUGCAAGAACAAGUAAUCUACAUGCCGCCAGUAUGACUCCUUCUCAUUCAAAUAUUUUACCUUCUCAGACAAAUACUGUAUUGAAUACAAAUACCUCUGAAAUUCCUCAAGAAACAGAUGAAGAUGCAGCAUUACGUGCAGAAUUGGUUCAAUAUCAACAACGACAUGCUGAACUACUCGGACGUUAUGAAAAACUGAAUGAAGAAAUGAAACGCAAGAAGAUCGAUUCAUUUGAAUCUCUUGCGGAACAUGAUAAAGAAGCAAUGAAAGUUUUUAUUGAGUUAGCUCGUUUGACUGAACCCAUGCCGUUAGAAGGCAUCAAUAUUGGCCUUUUUGGCUUAACAUCAACUGGCAAGUCAACUAUGCUUAAUGCUCUUCUUGAUCAAAAAGUUGCUGAUACUGGUGUUGGUGAAACGACAACAAUAAUUACACCAUACAAUGGAACUAAAUUUACACUAUGGGAUGUUCCUGGUCGAAAUGAUGAAGUAUCCUAUUUUAGUAUGGAAUAUAUAUCGUUCUUUAAAGGUCUCUCACGACGUCUCAUCCUUAUUCAAGCAACUGUAAGAGAAAAUUCAAGUAUGAUGAAACUCCUAGAUGAAAUAGGAUUACAUUAUGAUAUUAUUUUCAACAAAUUUGACAAAGUUGAACCAGAAGAACAGGAAGAAGUUAAAAAUCAGAUUAAAUCUGAAAUAAAAAGUAUUGAUCUUAAAGGAAUAGAACAUAUAUAUUUUGUUAGUGCUAAAAAACCAAAGAUGUUCAAUGAUUGGAUAGUUAUGAUGAAUCAACUAGAGAACACUUCGAAUUGA